AUGGAAUACUUAAGCAAGUUAUACGUAAAACACGUCGGGAAAGAAAAGGAGGAUGAAUAUUACGAUAACAACACAGUGAGGAAAAUAAAAUUGAAAAAUUGUUGUAAAAGAUGGAGCAAUAAUAUGAAUAAUAAAAAUAUUUUACUUAAUUAUAAAAACGAAAUUGAUGAAAAUUCAUUUUUACAAAUUUUCGAAAGAACAUGGAAACUACUUUUUAAAGAAGAGAAUAAAAAAGCUCAGUUACUUUAUCAUAAAGAAGAGGAAAAUAUAUACAACUUGCCAAAUUUUUUAAUUAUAGAUAGUAUUAAUAAUAACAUAGAUGAUGAAGGUGAUAGUGAUGAUAAUUUCGUGUUAGAUGAAGUAGACAACAAUGCCGAUUGUUUUCUGAACCACGACGAAAAUGAUGAGGGGCAUUGUGCAUUAUUGGGAAGUGAUGAGGAUGGCAGUGGUAAAAUUAGUGUUGAUAGUGGUAGUACCAGCAUUGUUAAAAACGGAAUCCACAGCAUUGAUGAAAUUGGAAGCCCCAUCAUGGAUGGAACUGGAAGCCCCAACAUGGAUGAAAUUGGAAGCCCCAUCAUGGAUGAAACUGGAAGGAUCAGCAUUAAUAACACAAAAAACAGCAUCAUUAAUAAUGUAGCCAAUACCAGUAUUAGCAAUACUAGCAACAGUAACAACUGCUUGAAUGCCCCCUCAAACCAAACAGAGGAAAGAAAAAUUAGAUUAAACAAAAAUAAUCCCAUAAAUAAGAAAUAUAUCGAUAUAUAUCAUAAACACGAUAAUUCCUAUAGUUUUUACAACAAAGAAAUAGACGACUUUUUAAUUCUGCCUGACCUUUCGCCGAAUAAUGAUGAGGAAGAAAUUGACAAAACUAAAAUAUACGAUGAAAUGUUUAAUUUAAAAACUAGCAUUGUGAUAAGUAAAAACGAGAUUCACGAGGACUCGGAGGAGUGUAAUGUUAGCGGAGACGGUAACAUAAGCGGAAAUAGCAACAGCAGUAGUAACAGCAGUAGUAACAGCAGUAGUAACAGCAAUAGCAACAGCAAUAGCAACAGCAAUAGCAACAGCAGUAGUAACAGCAUUAACGACAGCAUUAACGACAGCAGUAGCAACAGCAGUAGCAACAACAGUAGCAACAACAGUAGCAACAGCAGUAGCAACAACAGUAGUAAUAUUGACAGCACAUCCGACGAAGCUGUAAUGGUAAACACACCAAAUGCAAGUAAUGCUGAUAAUAAAGAUAAUUAUUGUAGCGUAAGCGGUGAAGAUAAAUUUCAAGUAGAAGAACAAACUAUGGAAGAGGCUAUCGGGUUAUCGUAA